CUUCAGGCGCUUCAAAUCGGCUCAACAAGAGACUAACAAAAAUUAACGUUCUAGCCUAAAAUAGCAUGGAAGGAUCUUCUGACUCAUCCCGGUACAAGAAAAAAAGUUACAAACCUUUGUGAAAACAAUUUUUUGGGUUUAUGCUAAGGUAGAUAAGAUAGACACGGAAUAAAAGGCCUGUCUAUCUUACCACUAACUUAGCCUGGCGAAAAUAAGUUCUGAGUUUUAUUUCAAGCAGCCUUGGAAAGCAACUGGCCCCCUAAAAGAAUAUAUAUAUGUUUUUCUGGCCCGGUAUUUAAAACAAUUACGAACCCUAGUUGUGGAUCUAAAUAGGCCAAUCAGAAAUGCGAGCACGUGACUGUUGAGGCUGUCCAAUAAGUGCCGCUACCUAUAGAGAAUGUUACCAAUAGAGUCCUGAGGUGAAAACGAACUCCUUUUCUCUACCAAAUAGCGGUUUUUUCGUGCAUAUGUAGAUAGAUUCCAAAACUGCUAGAUGGAACGACGAUCGGGCUAUACCAAUAAUCCGAAACAUAUCGCCAUUAAAGUUUUUGCACAAUCUGGGUUUUCCAGUAAAUGCUGCCCGAUAGCAGAAUCGCAUGUUUUAGUUUUAGUCGCACUUUUAGAUCUGCAAGACCGAGGUGGCUGUUCUCUUUGGGAAAGAGUUUUGUUUUUAAUGCUAGAAGGGACAUGCUGUUUUAUUCUAUCCUUCAAUGUACGGUUUAAUCAAAUGUUUGUUUUUUUCAAAGCUCUUUUCCAUUUUUGUAUCAUCAAAAGAUUGUGUUCAAUUGAUACCAACACAACAAACAUUUCAAUGCACUGCGAGCGAAGCGAGCAGCAAAUUUGUUCGCUCUCACCCUUCAAAAAAGUUGACUGCUACCCGACAUUUUACAACAAGGCUGAUUGUAUUGGUCACUGAGUUCAGUUGCUUAUCGGCGCUCUGCAGAUGAUAGCGUCAUGACGCAUUAUUGGCCACGUAGGCCGAAGUAAAUCAUCCUGAAUAUUUCCACAUUGAUGAUAAAAAUGGCUGCGAAAGAGACAGGUGCUGAAGAGAAUACAGAGAAAGAUGAAGGUGGAUCGUGGUGGCAAUCUUGGAGCAAAUCUAUUGUGGAUACAGUGAAGGAAAAGACAUCAUCUACCUAUGAAAUGGUGCAGAAAGACUUGUCAGAGUUUUACCAGACCAUCCAAACAGAUACAGCUCACGUGGUUGUUGAUGCUGCAUCUAAGGUUCAAGACCAGAUACAAACCAGCAAAGAUGAUCAGGGUGAUGAAGCACCAGGUCAAUCAGCUUUCAGACAAGGAUUUGCAAAUAUUUUGUCAUCAGUGUCUGAAAGCCUGAAAACCCUUGCACAGGAAGAAGCGCCAUCUCCGGGCAAUCAUCACGCGGAAGUGUCCGCAUCAUCCCCUGUUUAUGACAGACGAAGAGUCAAAAUCCAGCAAAUACAGACCGAAGUAGGAACAUAUUGUAACGAACCGGAGGGUCCAAAAGACAAUUUUCUUGACUGGCAACAGAUGUUUGAUUUUGAUUCAAAGAGAGGAGAGAUGUCUGAUAUGCUUGUAAAAGUCCCUGAGAUAAGAGCGAUUUAUUCAAAGUUGGUUCCCUCGGCUGUUUCUCAUGGCGUUUUCUGGAAGCGAUAUUUUUACAAAAUUCACCAAUUUGAAAUGAAAGAGGAACGAAGGGCUGCGUUGGUUGCCCGCGCAGAAACCUCGAGUAUACACGAAGAGGAAUACAAGUGGGACAGUGACGAUGGAGAUGACAUUGUUGAAACUGAGACUGGUUCAAAGGCUGCCAUAGUUGCCGUGCAAGCGCAGGUUCAUGCAGAAACGAAACUUACAGAACAAACUGUAAAAAUUGAAAAUGAUCCUAGUGAAAAAACCGAAAAAUUAAAUGAGGAUGUACCCACGAAAGGCAGUGUCGCAGAAACGAACGAUGACCCCAGUUUCGAAGUUUUAUCGCCGAAAAAAACAGAGGAUGUCGAUAGUGGUCGCUCGAACUCUGCCAAGGAGAUCGAAUAUCAGAGAGAGGUUUCUGAGGGAUCUCUUUCUUGGUCGAACGAGGGUGAUGAAGUAGAUGGAAGCGAGACUGGGCUUUCACCUUCGACUUCGAAUCGAUUGUCACCUAGCAAAGACGAUAGCUCAUCUGGUAGCUCGGUCGAGUUUAUUCAAAAGGUAUCGGAUAGCUCGUUGGUAGCAGGUGGAAAAGUUCAGAGUACAGCUGGUCUAAGAGAAAGCAAUGAGGCGAAAUCAACGGGCUGCAGUGACAGGCUACUGGAUGUAAAAGGUGCAUAUGAAACGAGGCUAGAUCAUUCCGAGACUGCCAGUACGGGUUCAUGGAUCAGCGUAGAUGAUGAAAUUCGUGUUCGCAAGUCGAAAAAGGAAAAGUUUAUCAAUGGAAAAGAAUCGGAUUCUGAACUCACGAAAAGCCCAGAAUCAAAUCGAAACUCGGGCAGCAGCUCGUCUAGUGCAGUGCUGGUUGAGAAAAUCGAAUGCAAGAGCAUGGAUGACGAUGAUAAUGAAGAUGGUGAUCUCGAUUUAGAUGAAGAUAUAAACGAAGAGGAGUUGCAAAAGAUCAUGGAGAAGAUAAAGAGCAAAUCAGGGGACCUAGAUGAUGAUGAUGAUGACUGGGAAGAUUGGGAAUAAAGCAGCCAACGACAAUUAUUAUCUUCUCCUCUGAUUUUCUUCAAGUCGCUGUCUGAAAAGUUAAUGUACUGUUUUGUAUUCAUUAUUCAAACUGAUGUUUACUAUAGAUUCUAACCAAGGCUGCCUUUAACGUUUAGUAUGAUAAUCAGAAAAGGCACCCCAAUUAAUAAGCUCCCUGGCUUCAAACGGCCUUCGCACAUUUAACAUAUUCAAUGGAAUUUUAACAGGGUUAUAGUUUCCAGGACAUUUUUAAUGGUUAUCUUUAUAUAUUUAUGUCUUAAAAGAAAUUAACAUUCGAUAGUAACGGCUAAUAGA